AUGUCGGCCACUCAACUUUUGAAUCCAAAGGCCGAAAGCAGGCGGAGAGGUGAAGCGCUCAGAACCAAUGUCAACGCUGGCGAAGGCCUACAAGAUGUCCUUAAAUCUAAUCUAGGCCCGUCAGGUACGCUUAAGAUGCUGGUGGAUGGCUCGGGUCAGAUCAAACUUACGAAAGACGGCGCGGUGCUUUUGAAAGAGAUGCAAAUACAAAACCCUACGGCCGUCAUGAUCGCAAGAGCUGCCACCGCUCAGGACGAUAUCACCGGUGAUGGAACUACUUCGGUUGUGCUCAUGGUGGGCGAGAUGCUCAAGCAGGCGGACCGCUUCAUCCAAGAAGGACUGCACCCCCGAGUGAUUGUCGAUGGGUACGAUCUAGCAAGAGACGAGACGCUCAAGUUCCUCGACUCUUUCAAGGUCACAAGGGAAAUCGACAGAGAACUCUUGAUGUCCGUUGCGCGGACGUCACUGUCCACUAAGAUCAACAAGACGCUGGCAGAACAGCUCACCCCUUCGAUAGUCGACGCCGUCCUCGCUAUCCAGCGCAAGCCUGAGAAGCCCGACCUGCACAUGAUUGAAAUCAUGAAGAUGCAGCACCGCACCGCUUCUGACACGCAACUCAUCCGCGGCCUGGCCCUCGAUCAUGGCGCGCGUCACCCUGAUAUGCCCAAGCGCGUCGAGAAUGCCUUUAUCCUCACCCUCAACGUCUCUCUAGAAUACGAAAAAACGGAAAUCAACUCGAGCUUCUACUACAACUCUGCCCAGCAGCGCGACAAGCUUGUCGCCUCGGAACGUCGAUUUGUCGAUGACAAGCUCAAGAAGAUCGUCGCCCUCAAACACGAAGUCUGCGGCAACGACCCCAAAAAGUCUUUCGUCCUCAUCAACCAAAAGGGCAUUGACCCGCUCUCCCUCGACGUGCUGGUCAAGAAUGGUAUCCUGGCUCUUCGUCGCGCCAAGCGCCGCAACAUGGAGCGCCUACAAUUUGUCUGUGGUGGCCAAGCCCAGAACAGCGUCGAUGACCUAGACCCUUCUGUGCUCGGUUGGGCGGGCUUAGUUUACGAGCACACACUUGGUGAGGAAAAAUACACGUUCGUUGAAGAAGUCAAAGACCCCAAAUCCGUGACCCUGCUCAUCAAAGGACCGAAUCAACAUACCAUCACCCAGAUCACCGACGCUGUGCGCGACGGCCUGAGGUCCGUCUACAACACCAUCGUCGACGAAUGCGUCGUCCCCGGCGCCGGCUCCUUCCAGAUCGCCGCCGCCGCGCACCUCAUGUCCGACGUCUUCCAGAAGCAGGUCAAAGGCAAAGCAAAGAACGGCAUCGAAGCCUUCGCCAAGUCCCUGCUCAUCAUCCCCAAAACCCUCGCGGCCAACAGCGGCCACGACAUUCAGGACGCCAUCGCCGCGCUGCAGGACGGCUUCGCCGACGGCAACGUCGUGGGCCUGGAUCUGACGACAGGCGAGCCCAUGGAUCCCGUGCAAGAGGGUGUUUUCGAUAGCUACCGCGUGCUGAGGAACAGCAUCUCCAGCAGCGCCGGCAUCACGAGCAAUUUCCUGCUGUGCGAUGAGUUGUUGAAGGCGCGCCAGAUGAGCCGGCAGGGUGGGCCUGGCGGCGGCGCGCCGGAGAUGGAGUAA